GUGUAGUACUAGUAACAUGAUGAUUUAAUAAGAUAGGAGUAGGUUGUAGUGAUGAAGAAACUAGGGGUGAGUAGGAGUAGUAGUAUAGGAAACAAACAGUGUUAGUAGUACUUAUAAACAGUAGAAAUGCAUAGACCAAGGAAAGAGGUAGCAGCAGUGAGAUUCAUUUCAUUCAUUAAUUUCAUUGGGAAGGAAAACUCUGAGUUAAGUUGCAGAGACACACGUUAACUCUCCAUCUAACCUCUCUCUGUCUCCACCUGCAUUUAACACUUCUCUACUGUUCUGCUUGUGUUCUUACUAUUCUUGAAUGUACUUAUCAUCAUAAAGAAAGACCAUUUGCAACCAAAGUUUUUACAGACACAUUUUUUAGCUUCAUUUCCGGGAGUACUCUCUUCUUUUUCAUAUACAGUAAUUUUUUUGGGGACUAAGCAAAACAGGGUUUGGAGGACAAAGUUGCAGUGAGAUUUCAGCUAUGGAUCAUCAUCAUCAUCAUCAACAUCAUAUGAUGAAUAUGGAAAAUAAUGUUAAUAGGAAGUUUUUUUCAUUUCCUUUGAGUAACAACAACUCUUCUGGUGUUCAAGUUCAUCAUAACUACAAUCAACAGCAGAACAACAACAACAACACUUCUUCAAGUGUUGCUGUUAGGGAUAAAAUCAUGGCACAUCCUCUCUUUCAUCGUCUCUUGUCUUCUUACCUCAAUUGCUUGAAGGUUGGAGCACCUCCAGAAGUGGUGGCUAGUUUAGAGGAGUCAUGUGCAAAAUGUGAAGCCUUGAAUGGCUCAUCAGGAAGGAGUAGUAUUGGUGAAGAUCCAGGUUUGGAUCAGUUCAUGGAGGCUUAUUGUGAGAUGCUUAUCAAGUAUGAGCAAGAACUCACAAAGCCCUUCAAAGAAGCUAUGCUUUUUCUCUCAAGAAUUGAGUCUCAGCUUAAGGCUCUUGCUGUUUCAACUGACUUUGGUCAAAGUGAACCAGCUUCACAUAAUGAGAUUGAUAUGCAUGAGAACAACCUUGAUACUCAAGGUGAAGAUCAGGAAUUAAAAGUGCAGCUUUUGCGCAAGUAUAGUGGAUAUCUUGGGAGCCUCAAGAAAGAGUUUUUGAAGAAGAAAAAGAAUGGAAAGUUACCAAAGGAAGCUCGGCAGCAACUACUUGAUUGGUGGAACAGGCAUUACAAAUGGCCUUACCCAUCGGAAAGUCAAAAGCAAGCACUAGCAGAAUCCACAGGCCUAGAUUUGAAGCAGAUCAACAAUUGGUUCAUUAAUCAAAGAAAACGUCACUGGAAACCUUCUGAGGAUAUGCAAUUUGCUGUGAUGGAUGCAACAAACUACUACAUGGAAAAUGUCAUGUGCAAACCAUUUCCUAUGGAUGCUGCCAUGCCUAUGCUUCUUUAGCUUUGGCACAUUCAUCCUCUCAUCUCAUCCAAAACCCUAUCUAUAUCUAUCUAUAUAAGUUAUAAUUUAACUAGGUUGUGGAGGUACAAUAUAUAUUUAUGUAUGUUAUGUAGAAAGGUGAGGAUAAAAAGCACACUAUCCUUGAACUACAUGUAUCUUUAUUAGAUUGAACUUGAAAUCUAAUUAUUAUAUAUAUAAGUUAGCUA